CCCGCGCUAAAAUACAACUGGUGACGGGUGGUCCCAUUUCCCAUCUCCCGCACACGAUAUACCUGGGUAGGUACCUAGAAGUACCUGGCCGCGGGCUGAUGUUCCCUUCGUGAGUUCCGCAGGUGUAUAAAGAGCUGGAUAUAAAACAACCUCCUCUCCCCCGGACACCACCGCGGCGGAGAUAUCCAGAUCCGUAUCCCCGUCGGAAACGCGAAACCUACUCGUCGUUGGCACUCUUCCAGGACAGGUGAAAAUUUUACUUCGCCUUCUUCUUCACUCCUCAUCUUCUGCACUCCUCACCUCCUCACCUAACCCCCCCUUCGCCCGGCAUGGAUUCCAAGCAGUUCCGGGACGCGGCCGUGUCCGCCGUCGAUGAGAUCGUCAAGUACUAUGACACCAUCGAGGAGCGCCGCGUCGCCUCCACCGUCGAGCCCGGCUACCUGAGGAAGCUGCUGCCGGAGGAGGCCCCCCAGGACGGCGAGUCCUGGGCCGACAUCCAGAAAGACCUCGAGGCCAAGAUCCUCCCGGGUAUCACCCACUGGCAGUCGCCCAACUUCCUCGCCUGGUUCCCGUCGUCGAGCAGCUUCCCGGCUAUGCUCGGCGAGAUGUACUCGGCCGCGCUGACCGGCGCGGCCUUCAACUGGAUCUGCUCCCCGGCAGUGACAGAGCUCGAGACUAUCGUGCUCGACUGGCUCGCCCGUGCGCUCGCCCUGCCGCCCUGCUUCCUGUCCACCGGACCGACCGGCGGUGGCGGCGUCAUCCACGGCACCGCCUCCGAGGCCGUCGCCACCGUCCUCGUCGCCGCCCGCGACAGGUACCUGCGCGACGCCACCGCUCACCUCACCGACCCCGACGCCCGCGAGGAUGCUAUCGCCCUCCGCCGCACUCGACUCGUCGCCCUCGCCAGCGCCGCCGCCCACACCGCCACCCGCAAGGCCGCCCAGAUCGCCGGCGUCCGCUUCCGUACGGUCCCUGUGUACCCCGAGGACGGCUAUCGCAUGACCGGCGCCGCCGUGCGCGACGUCGUGCUCGCUCUCCGCGCCCGCGGCCUUGAGCCCUUCUACCUCACCGCCACCCUCGGCACCACCGACACCUGCGCCAUCGACGACAUGGACGGGAUCGCGGAGGUCCUCGAAGAGCUCGGGCCGUCGCCCGAGUUCCCCGUCGGCGGUAGCGGCGGCGAGGUCUGGGUCCACAUCGACGCAGCGUACGCGGGGUCGGCGCUGGUCUGCCCGGAGCACCGGCUCCCGGACGACUCGCGGGUGCUGUCGCGGUUCGACAGCUUCAACGUGAACCUGCACAAGUGGCUGCUCGUGAACUUCGACUGCAGCGCGCUGUUCGUGCGGGACCGGCGGCCGCUGAUCGCGGCGCUGUCGACGUCGCCGCUGGCUAUCCUCAGCAACGCGCCGACCGACUCGGGCCUCGUCACCGACUACCGCGACUGGCAGAUCCCCUUCGGGCGCCGCUUCCGCGCCCUCAAGGUCUGGUUCGUGCUGCGCUCCUACGGCGUCGCCGGCCUCCGCGCCCACAUCCGCCGGCACGUCACGCUGGCGGAGACGUUCGCCGCCCAGGCCCACGAGCGCGCCGACCUCUUCGAGAUCGUGACGGGCCCCCGCUUCGCGCUCACGCUGGUGCGCGUCGCGCGAAGCGCGGUCCUGCCGCCGCCGAGCGGAGCGCCGGACGGGGAGGAGGAGGGAGAGGCGGAGGCGGAGGAGGAGGCGGAGGUGGAGGCGCGCCGCAACGUCCUGACCAAAAGGGUCUACGACGCCAUCCUCGCCGACGGUCGCAUCUUCCUGUCGAGCACGGUGCUCAGCGACGGCGUCUUCGCCAUCCGGCACAACCCCGCAACGCCCUUCGUCCAGGCGCGCCACGUCGACAAGCACUUUGAGGUCUUUGUCGAGAUCGCCGAGAAGGUGCUCGCCGAGGCGAAGGCGGAGGCGAAGUAGGCAGGAGGGGGCCGCGCGACGGGGUGCGGAAAGGAAGGACGUGACGAUAAAGGCUAGCUCACCCAUAUACCUAGAGGAGAGGAGAGGACUACAGCAUAUCGGGAGUGUAUGCCUAGAUACAGUUGAAACCAGACAAGCAUAGCCUCAGAUGGAGAGCAAAAUAAAGUAAACUGCGGUACGACGUAAGUCAAGUCGGGCGAGUAGCAACGCCCUCUCCAAAUCGCCAGACCUCUCUCUAGUCCUGGCAAACGUAUCCCCCGGCCGCUCGCCCGUCCCUACGGCGAACCCCGCCGCUCUCGCCCUCUGCUCCUCGCCCUCCCCUCUCCGUGCCCAGGCCCGCCGUAUUCCCACCCCUCUCCGUGCCCAGACCCGCCGUAUUCCCACCCCUCUCCGCGCCCAGACCCGCCGUACUCCC